AUGGAGAGAUGCGAGAGGCGUGACCCGGUUUCGUGUGGAAACGCCCUUCUCGCCUUCGGCACCAACCAGUGGCUGCGGACUGCGAGAAGCUCGUACGGCAUUGAUUCUCUUUGGGUCUGUCAGUUCUUCACUGAGUCGUCCAAGACAUGGAUAGACCUGGUGCACAGCUGCCUGUCACAGGCGGAGACAGCAGUAGAGCGUCUCCACGUCCAGGAGAGGCGAGGGAGUACCAGGGCCACUGCAUGGAGUAGAGCUGCCAGAGGAGCAGACCGGGGCAGACCAGGGCAGACCGGAGCAGACCGGAGCAGACCGGAGCAGCCCGGAGCAGCCCGGAGCAGACCGGAGCAGACAGGAGCAGACCGGAGCAAACCGGAGCAGCCCGGAGCAGACCGGAGCAGCCCGGAGCAGACCGAUGCAGACCGGAGCAGACCGGAGCAGACAGGAGCAGACAGGAGCAGACAGGAGCAAACCGGAGCAGCCCGGAGCAGACCGGUGCAGACCGGAGCAGACCGAUGCAGACCGGAGCAGACCGGAGCAGACAGGAGCAGACAGGAGCAGACAGGAGCAAACCGGAGCAGCCCGGAGCAGACCGGAGCAGACCGAUGCAGACCGGAGCAGACCGGAGCAGACAGGAGCAGACAGGAGCAAACCGGAGCAGCCCGGAGCAGACCGGAGCAGCCCGGAGCAGCCCGGAGCAGACCGGAGCAGCCCGGAGCAGACCGGAGCAGACCGGAGCAGCCCGGAGCAGCCCGGAGCAGACCGGAGCAGAUAGGAGCAGACCGGAGCAAACCGGAGCAGCCCGGAGCAGACAGGAGCAGACAGGAGCAAACCGGAGCAGCCCGGAGCAGACCGGAGCAGCCCGGAGCAGACCGGAGCAGACCGGAGCAGCCCGGAGCAGCCCGGAGCAGACCGGAGCAGACCGGAGCAGACCGGAGCAGACAGGAGCAGACAGGAGCAAACCGGAGCAGCCCGGAGCAGACAGGAGCAGACCGGAGCAGACAGGAGCAGACAGGAGCAGACAGGAGCAGCCCGGAGCAGCCCGGAGCAGACCGGAGCAGCCCGGAGCAGACCGAUGCAGACCGGAGCAGACCGGAGCAGACCGGAGCAGACCGGAGCAGACAGGAGCAGACAGGAGCAAACCGGAGCAGCCCGGAGCAGACCGGAGCAGCCCGGAGCAGCCCGGAGCAGACCGGAGCAGAUAGGAGCAGACCGGAGCAGACCGGAGCAGCCCGGAGCAGCCCGGAGCAGACCGAUGCAGACCGGAGCAGACAGGAGCAGACAGGAGCAGACAGGAGCAGACAGGAGCAGACAGGAGCAGCCCGGAGCAGCCCGGAGCAGACCGGAGCAGACCUGGGCAGACCGGAGCAGCCCGAGAGUGAGUCCCCGGAGCAGACCGAUGCAGACCGGAGCAGACCGGAGCAGACAGGAGCAGACAGGAGCAGACAGGAGCAGCCCGGAGCAGACCGGAGCAGCCCGGAGCAGACCUGGGCAGACCGGAGCAGCCCGAGAGUGAGUCGUGACUCCGGGGGCGAGCAGGCGGGUGCAGACGGAGCUGGGACGAAGUGUGCCAGCUCGGGCCCACCCCGUGGUCCAGCGAGUAAUGCUCGGGCGCUACGCACGAGCAGGGGCGGAACACCGCCCGCCGAGCGGCGCAGCGUGGCGGGUUGCGUCUCGUCCCCUUGUGGCGGAGAAGGGCGCUCGCGCCGCGAGGGUGGCGCUUGA